AUGAUAGAUCAUGUAUUGGGCCGGCCGUCCUCUCAGUUUCGCAAAGUCCAGGUGUUUGCAGUGGUCUCCUUCUGGUCACUCUAUCUUCUGAGAGGUAACAAACAUGGACCUCCGCUCAUUCGAUCCAUCUCCCAACGCCUCUCGAAGCGGUUCACUGUCUGGCAAUCGGUUGUUCUGACUUUCCUCUGGCUCUACAUCUGCCGAAACUUUGCGAAGAUCGUUGGCCUCGAGUCCCCCGAACCCCUUGCAAACCUGUAUAACAGAUCAUACUUCCGGGCGACAUGGAUUACCACUGCCUUGGAUGCUGGCUUUUGGAGCGCCAUGAGAAUCAAAAAUAAGACCAUCAGGGAUCUAUGUUCAAUCAUAUUCUCGGUGUACUAUCUCUUUUCGGCGGAGCGAGCAGAUGAGAAGGUUCGCAAAGUUCGGGCUGUCCUCACGGUCGACCAUUUACGAGUCGCAUGGAAUAAACCAACCACACCUUACUUGAAGUUCUUCACAGCGCUAUUACGCCCCCAGUUCACAAAGUACAAGCCACGCCGGAUCCGCAUCCCUCGCCCAAAGCAAUCGCAUUACAAGGAACCCGUUGUUGCGUGGAUGUAUUUCGAUGGCUCUCUUGCUGAGUUGGAGAAGCAGGAGAACGUGGUCCUAGACAUCCCGGGCGGAGGUUUUGUUGCCAUGGACCCGAGAACAAGUGACGACAAACUGCUUGCUUUGGCCGGGAGAACAGGACUACCAAUUCUUAGUCUGGACUAUCGCAAGGCACCCGAACAUCCUUACCCGUAUGCGCUGAACGAGUGCUUCGACGUCUACACCCAGAUCGUGGCAACUCGUGGUCGUUGUAUUGGCAUGAAACCGGACACAUGUCCAAGAAUCGUGAUCACAGGUGACAGCGCCGGUGGGAAUCUGGCGUGUGGCACGACUUUGAUGAUCAUUCAAUCGAACCAGAGCGGCGCUUCUCGAGGAAUCCUACCCUCGCCUGCAGGACUGGUUCUCCUCUACCCGGCUCUAGACUUUAACAUUGGCAGCUGGAUGACAGACGACCAAAUGGCGCUGAUUCGCAACCCGCGCACCGCGAAGAAAUACGAGCGGUUUAUUAAGCGCAAGAGCGAGGAUAUCGAUCGCCGAUAUACUCCGACAGCACCAAGGCCCAUGAGCGACGAUGAAGACGACCCUGAUCACGAUUUCUUCGCACCUAGAGUAGAAAGUCCUGUCCAGGGAGAGGAGCUCCUUGACCGGAAGAAUACCGACGUGGAAGCACAGAAACAGGCAGUCGCCAUUUCAAAGCCUCAGCCACUCAAGACAAGAUUAGCCGUCUCCAGCAUCAUCUCCUACUUCGGCGACCGGAUCCUCACUCCAGAGAUGAUGCGCGCAAUGAUCAUCCUCUACGUCGGGCCUUAUCAUCGCCCUGAUUUCACAACGGAUCAUUUGCUUUGUCCCGCUGUCGCCUCAGAAGGUCUCCUGGCGAAGUUUCCAAAAACAUACUUCCUGACUGGCGAACGUGACCCGCUGGUUGACGACACCGUCAUUUUCGCUGGCCGCCUACGCCAAGCGAAACUUCAUCUCUUCCGCGAGCGACAAGAGGCCGGCCUCGAGAAAUCCACAGCAGAAUUCAAUGAAAAGGAUCACGUCGAAGUGACGCUCAUUCCGGGAAUCUCUCACGGAUUCGUCUCCUUUGUGAGUAUCUUCCCGGAAGGUUGGAAACACAUCUUCCGCUGUGGCAAGUGGAUCCAAGAGAUUUUUUCAAGGCCACCGCACCAGUUCGAAGGCCCGGCAAUCGAAAGUAGGUUGAGAAAGGGCACAUUUACGCAAGAUUCGGGCAGCUCGCUUGAGCUUGCAACGACAACUCAAACAAGACAUCAUAAAAGGACACCCACGGGAGAGAGCAUGGAUGAGGAUGCACCGUUGGUUAUGUCGAGCCUUUCCCCCAGCAAGGAAGCAACGGCGAGACCGAACGGAGCCAUGAAGGAAGACAGCAAACGGGGGAGACAAGAAGAGAAGCAAAAGGGCACAGACAGUCUAGGCCGGAGUAAGAGUCUUGUCAGUCUCGGCAGCGAGGAGGACCUGCUGAAGCGGAGGAUGAAGGGACUGACGAAGGGAUUAUUGGGGUCUCACGAUUCUUAA